UGUUCGAUGAUUGGUUUGUUUGUUCCAUUUUGGCUUGGCUUGUUGUUAAUUAGCUUCUCUCUCUAGACCCUUCUUCCUUGCUGCUUCCUCUCUCUCUCUAACCUGUCUAUUCCCCUUUGCUUGCCUAUAUAAAUAUAUGCAGGUCCUAAUAUCUUCUUGCUCAUAUGUGGUACUGUCUCAGCUUUAGCUUGCACUGUCAGAGCUGCAAAGGAAAGUACUAAAUACUGUACUGUCUGAAGCUUGCACCAAGAAAGACAAGAGGUUUCUGUGUAAGCAAGAUGGCUAAGCAAAAGUUUGUUCUCAAGAUGCCUCUGGAUACCGAGAAGAAGAAGAGGAAGGCCUUCAAGGCUGCAGUUGGCAUGACAGGCGUGACGUCGGCAUCGUUGGAGGGCGACAAGAUCAUCGUCAUCGGCGACGGCGUCGACCCCAUCGCGCUGACGACGAUGCUCCGGCGCAGCCUCGGACACGCCGAGCUGCUCAGCAUCUCCUCCGGCGACGACAAGAAGAUGAUGGGCGGCGGCCACGGCGGCAUGGGCAUGGGCGCCAUGGGGUUCGGCGGCGGCCACGGCGGAGGUGGUGGCGGCAUGGGGAUGGGUUUCGGCGGCGGCAAAGAAGGCAAAGAAAGCGGCGGCCGCAAGGUCGUCGUCGACGUCGACGGUGUCCACCACCACGAACAGCAGCAGCAGCAGCAUGCGAUGGCGCCGACACCGCCAUACCCGGGGGUGCCGGCGUACCAGCAGUACAACGCCGUGCCGUCGUACCCCGUCUACCCCUCCUACCCUGGCUACCCUCAAGAAGAACAGGAUCCCAGCUGCAGUAUCAUGUAACUCCACUGCCUGAAACUGAACAGGAUGAAUUGUGCAGAUCAAUCGGAGGAGCUAAAAUCUGUCAAAAAACUAUCUAUGGAGGUUAUCAGAGUUCGGGUUCAGGCCAUGGUUUGUGGCCUGAGUUGAUGAUCAUGCAUGGUCAGGCCAGGAUGUUGCAAGAGCCAGAGGUGUGUACGAGCAGUGCGUGUAUAGGUCUGAAUCAUCGAGCUGAGCAGCAAAGGUCGUGAGAAAAAAAAGCAAGAUUCUGUCGCAUGCUGGAGCUCAAGUACGUAGUAGCUUUCUCUGUUUUUUUUUUAGCUGAAGCUGUUGCAGUAGUAGUGUUUUUAUCCCUUUCUUUUCUGCGAGUUUUUAGUGUUUUUGUCGGGAACAGAGGUAUAUGUACAUUAUAUAUAAUAUAUUCAGUUUUUCUCCGAAUUUUAUCCAGAGAAGUUCUGAAGAUUUGAGACUUUUUGUGACAUAUUGUGUAUUGGGAUUGGAAGUAGGAGCAAGAGGGCUCUCUGGUUAUGGAUUUGAUUGAUGUUGGGUGGAUGCAGAUGCAGAGAGACGAGUGGACCUCACCAUGUCUUCACAUUGCUCUAUGAGACAUUGCUUAUUUUUAUUUUAUAUAUGUGUCUUUCAUGUAUUAACUUUUUCAUGAUAAAUCAAAACCGGCUGAUAUAGACAUGGUUACG